UUUUGUCUUCACGUUUCUUGUCAUUGGUAGUACUAACAAUUUGUUGACAGGUAGUUAACGUUUCUCGUUGCGAAUGGUUUCAGCAAAAUAAACCAGGAUGAGCGCCGUUAAUCUGCGCCAACAGAAAUUGGAGCAGCAGCGUCAAUUGAUGGAACAGAAGAUGCGCCAGAAAAGGCAAACACUUGGUAUGGUUCAAGCCUCAGACGCCCGUGCUUCUUCAGCUAAAGGCCCAAAUGGGUUUCAGCCGAGGCUUUCGCUCCCAUCACGAGGAAGAGAACUGCAUGGAUAUGACGGGCCCCUGCAGUUCACAAUGGAGCCAGGGAAUCCAGAUCUGGUGAUAUCAUUACCGGCGAAUGGUUCAGAAGCUUCACACCGCGAGGAAAACGAUGUUUGUCAAGUAGAGACUUUGCAACUAGGGGAUCAGGACCAAGAUGUUGAAGAUGAAGAAUCUACACCAGUAUCUCCACCAACCCCAGUCAACACCUUGGCCCUUGCUGUGGCACCAUCGGCUGAUUCAAACUUCAUCACACUCAGCUCAAAUGAGCGGGAAAUAGAAGGUGAUGUUGAAGGAAGCCUGGAGACUUUUGUUUUGGAACCAGGAACUCAAGGUGUUCACUAUAAGUGUAGAAUAACAAGGGACAGAAAGGGAAUGGAUCGUGGCUUAUAUCCAACAUACUUUUUACAUCUCGAGCGUGAUUAUGGUAAAAAGGUGUUUUUGCUAGCUGGCAGAAAACGUAAGAAGAGCACAACAAGUAACUACCUCAUAUCUACAGAUCCAACUGAUUUAUCAAGAACUGGAGAGUCCUAUGUUGGGAAGUUAAGAUCCAACCUGCUAGGAACUCAUUUCACAGUUUAUGACAAUGGCUAUUCUCCCAAAAAAGCUGAGUCAAAAGAGGAUUGGAAACGUUCACCUCGACAGGAAUUGGCUGCUGUAGUCUAUGAUACAAAUGUUCUUGGCUUCAAAGGUCCAAGGAAAAUGACAGUUAUUUUGCCAGGGAUGACUCAGGAGCACAAGAGGGUACAAAUCUGCCCUCAAGAUGAACAUGAAGGUUUGCUGGAGUGCUGGCGAAAUAAAAAUAUGGAUAAUCUCAUAGAGCUUCAUAAUAAAACACCAGUAUGGAAUGAUGACACACAGUCAUAUGUGCUGAAUUUCCAUGGGAGAGUCACUCAGGCAUCAGUAAAAAAUUUCCAGAUUGUUCAUGACAGUGAUGUUGAUUACAUAGUAAUGCAGUUUGGUCGUAUUUCCGAAGAUGUCUUCACGAUGGAUUACCGAUAUCCUAUGUGUGCACUACAAGCGUUUGCUAUUGCUUUAAGCAGUUUUGAUAGCAAGUUAGCGUGUGAGUGACAAUUUAGAAGCAUGCAAAGUUACACGAUAAUCGUACAUUAUCAAACAAUGGAACCCGAAGAUAUGAAGAUGAAUAUGCUGUAGCAGUAUGCAGGAAAGAAUGUUACUUCUUAAAUCCACGUGAUUGCAUUUUUACAAUUUGCAGUACCAGUCAUCACAAGAUAGACACUGUUGUAUGUGCCACGUGUGUGGCUGGAGCACGCACAAUCAUUGUACACUUUGAGUAGAACUGCUAGUUUGUCUUUUUUAAUGUAUGUGUGCUGUGUGGAGAUAACAGUAUUUAUAUUUCAUACGUAUGUGACCUUUAAGAUGACGGUUUCUAGUCCUAAGCAAAACAUGAUACAAUUUAUAUUUUUUUAAUGGUAUUUUAAUGACAUAUGAAGACUUGAUUUAUGUCACAGUUCAUAAUAUUUGUGUAUAAUUUGGCAUGCAGUUGCUUGUCAGUCUGCAGCAAAGUUAAGUAUAAAGUUGCACAUGUCAGAAAAGUCUUUCAAUAUUUUACCUCUCAUAAGAAAAUAAUGCCAUUGCAUGACAGGCCUAAAUAUAACGAAUCUUUGUCACGUCUGAUUUUAAUUUUAAAUUGCAUUGUUAAUACUUUCUCAAAGCAAUACGCACUAUUUUAAUGACACUUUUGUCAUGUUGUCACCUUGUGAAUCUCUCGAGAGUAUACUUGUUGCUAUGUGAUUAUCUGUUGUGUGUGCUAGACGUAAGCCUACUGAUUUAAUAAUGUGCUGAAGCACUAUAUUUCAUAACUAAUGGAAUUUAAAUGGCCCCCAUGAUAUAUGAAUCUGUCUUAAGCAUCUGUGUUUUAAAGAAUUCAAAUCUUGUUGUUUAUAAUAUGCACUUGUAUUGCUCACUGUACAUAUUGUCAUAUUUCAUGUGUACUUUCGUAAGUAGGUUUUUAGUGAUCUAUCAGUGUAUAUAUGACACAAUUGUUCAUUGUUGUUAUUUUUUUACAUUUCAAGUGGUGUAAUCUCUCUGUUACAACAUUUAUACAUCACUCUUGCAUUUAUAUACAGUACCACCUUUUUUUAUUAUUUUUCUGCAUUUGGCACUUGGGAGUUUAUGCCCAUAAGUGUGAUGCGACUCAUUCUGUUUAUUUUUCUAUUAUUCUGGUCAGAAGACGUAAUGUAUGCUGUGUCUUUAGCUGUAAAUUAACUUUAUUAUCAAACAUAUAUCUACACAUAUUCUGCAAGCCCUCAUUUGUUUAUUCUUUUCCCUGACAAGUGAAACCUCUGAUAAUACUGUCCUCAUAAUAGAAUUUUAUCCAGGAUACCUAUCUUUGUUGUAAUACUUCAUAAACCAUAACCAUUCUAGUUGUUGUGUUAAAUUUUAUUUACAGGCAUGGGGAAUUGUUCUUAAAUGUAAUAACUUAUAAGGUGCAGUAAUUUAUCCAUGGCUCACCAUAUUUAAUUGUGAAAAAAGAACUGUAAUUUACUUCAUUUGUAAAACAAUGUCUGUAAAGCCAGUGUGUGUGAAGUUUUCUGAGAUACUGGCAUGGAUAAGUGAAUUCCUGUUAUUUGAUUAGUGUCUUCAAGGCUGUACAUCAUGUCCAUAUUGCCAUAGUUUGUUGCCAGUUAAUACAAUUAAUGCUUCUAAAGUUUUAUUAUUUGUACAGUACCGAAAAUUUGUGUAUGUAGUGAAAAAAUAUGAAACAUUGACUUUGUGAAAAAGUGCUUGGUACCACAAAGGCCGUAUGUAUUCAUGAUUGUUUCUUUCUCUGAUAGAUUCUGAGGAAUAUCCUUUCAAGGUGUGGGAAUGGGCGUUGGAAAAAUUUACACUUGAUACUCAUAGUAGUCCCCAUUUGUUUUGCACUUAUAAAUACUAUGACCAUCAACUUGUUACACUGAAAAACACAACCAGAUAAAGAAAACACUUGUAUUUUAGUGAUGAGAAACAUGCAAAUGAUUCGUCCAUAUACCUAAGUUUUUAGGUAGCUACAAAAUUAUGACAGGGUUAAUGUCUUUUUUAUAUGCCUUUAUUUUUAUGUACUGCUGACUAUAAUUGUAAGCGGUGUCACCAUAAUUAUCAAAACUGCCAUGGAAAUCAUCAAUGUUGCUAUUUUUUGUUGGCUUCAGGCUAAAUUCCACACUCCAUCUGUAAAUUAUAUCCUUCACAACCAGGUAAUUUGAUCUCUCCUCUUUGUUGAUCUGGGCUAACUGUAACACUUUGUGAUCUCUGUACAGAAUAUCAUCAAAGACUGAAUCUACUUUAAUUACUAUUACAAUAACACUCUUUAUAGAUGUAUCACUCAUUUUUUUGUUUCCCUUUUUUCCACAUUAUGUGAACUUCUUAUGCUGUAUUGGCUAGUUGUAAAACCUGUGUCAUAAAACAUUAAAAGGUACAAGCAAAUUACAAAUUUCCAACAAUUCUUUGUCUCUGAAUACUAAAUUAAUUUGUAAUAACUAGUUUUCUUGUUCUUUACUGUAACAUUGUCUGUAUUUUUGUAUAUGCCAUUCAAUCACUGUUCAUUGGCCUUCCAUUUUCUUUAUUCACUGGCUUUCCAUUCAUCACCAGCCCUUCAGAGGUGUAUCAUAUUCCUUAAGAUGAGUUGUAGAUAUAGUAUGGUGUAAUAUUUCAAUAUACUAGCAAUACUGCCUUUGGAUCACGGGGUCCCGGGUUUGAUUCGUGGUCAGGUUGCGGAUUUUCUCUACCCAAGGACUGGAUGUUUGUGCUUUCAUCAUUUCAUCAUCAUCAUCAUCAUCAUCAUCAUCAUCUUUCACAGUGGCUGGACUGGGACUGUGUGAAAAUUGGGUCUUUGUACGGGCGCUGAUGACCGCGCAAUUGAGCACCUCAUAAACCAAUCAUCAUCACAUCAGUAUUUCAGCAUAUGCUUGAUGUUGAUUUUGUUGAAUACUCCAUCAAAUAAUGCUACAGAAAUAUUUGGAUUUACCAGUGCAUGCAUCAUAAACAAGUCUUUACUCCACAACUCUUGCCUCUUGACCGGUGAGUUUGUAGUUCAUGACAUGAAAGUGCUGGUCACAAACGUUAGGCUGAUUCUUGAAAAUGUACUCUUUCAGUCAGCUGUAAGUCUAAAUAAUACUGGAAAGUAACCCCCCCCCCCCCCUUGGACAGAUCUUUCAUUUAAUACUUUGAACUGACAAUAACACCCCUUAUCAUGAGCCAAAAUAUAUAACAUCAAAAACAAAAGCUACUUCAUAUAUAUGUACAUUUAAACAAUUUGAGAUAAUUGACAUAUUAGUUGCCUGCUUUUCUCCAGCAUCUUUUCGCUUUCCCCUCCACUCCUCUGUUGGAAAUUUUGUGUGUGUGUGUGUGUGUGUGUGUGUGUGUGUGUGCGUGCCACGGUCUGGUGUGGCAAGAAAAAGAGUAACCCUCCAUAAACACUAGUGUGAUAUGAUAAUGCACAGAACAUUUGGUUUCUGUCUCUCCCACCCCCUCCUUCUUUUCUAGCUUUCUUUAUUUUCUUACCGCCAUAUCUUUUGUUGAUUUUCUCUGACUUCAUAUUUGUGUGUCCUACGUAGUUACUCCUAGUAGGUUCAUGUGUUAUCCUUCUUUACCUCUUAUCUUCGUCUCUCCUGCAUCGCACUUUUCACCACUCUGAUUUUAAACUGUCUUCAGUUUAAUUCCUGUACUCCACAUAUUGACAAGAUAUUGUAAAUAGUAUUGUCUGGUUUCUUCUUAUCCUAUAGUUCUUCAUUUUUGUCACUUUACUCUUCAUUAUUUUUCUUCUGUACCUGGCAAAAAUGUGGAACAAUUAAGACUCAAAACUGUAGUUCAGCCUUUUUUAUCCCUCUGUUUGGUAAAUAUUGUGUGUGGUUCUUUUUUUCUUUUCACAGUGGCAUUUGUGUAUUAAAGACUGUUUAGUCAGUGUUGAAUUAGAAAGUGUUUAAAACGUUAUUUCCAUCUUAUUCAUUAGAUCUACUGCAUCUGAUGUGGUACCCACCUACUUUGAGUUUAAACUACUCCUCAUUCUAUCUUUUUUGUUUUCUCACUUCUCCAUCUCCCAUGUUCUUGUUAUUGUCACUCUUCCACAUUUAUUUAUAAAUUUAAAUUCUCCUUUCUUAGGCUCACAUCACAGUGUCAGAAUUAUUUGACAAAGCAUUUAUAAAAGCUAGGGUCUCUCCCUAACUUUAUAAAAGAUAUGAUGAAAGUACCCCAAUGUAUUGUAAAGUAUUUUGUGAAAUAUCUUUUGUAAAAGUUGAUUGGCAGAUUCUUUUACAGUGGAAUAGGUGCUUUACACUUAUAGUGUGUGCACAGUUAUCAUUUUUUAGUUGUUGAUUGCACACUGUGUUGUGUCUAAAUUUUUGUUUUCACAACUUGUAAGUUGCUUUUAUUUCAUCACUGUUUUCCUCUUUCAUUUCGUGCAGCUUUGCUGUUUAAUUCAAAAGAUGUCUCUUUUUUCCAAUCCUUUCCUAUAUCUUUACAAAUGAAGGACACCUGCUAAUGAAAAGUGUCUUCUGUUUGUAAAAUUAAGCAUCCUGGCUAUUCACAUUUCCCAGAAUGUGUACAUGGACACACACGCACAUGCACAUGCACAGUGGAGUGAGUCAUUACUAUAUCUAAAUGUGCCAUACCCGCCAUUAAACUAUAUGCACAGCUGGGAGCUGUUGGUGAAGUUGAGGAGUCUGGAUCUCAGUAAGAAAUAAGCUUGUUGCCUAAUGCACAGAAUUUUCCCUGUGCAGCCAUUGACAAUAUCAUAACUUAAAAAUUAGAAAAUAAUACUCAAAGUGGUUCGAGCUCUCUUUUAAUUUGAGAUUCUAAUUCUCUGUCAUGUUCAAGUGAGGAGUAAUGUGCCGGAAUUCAUAUUUCAAUUUAUUAUUUUGUUAGAAUAGCUUUCACAGUACACUUGCAGUUUAAUUUGUAUUUCUUUUGUUAAUGUACAAAUUGGUGUUUUCUACGUGAUCGACAAAAAGUCUCAACAAUAUAUUUCCAAAAACAUUUAACUGUAGAUUAAUCCAACCUACACUCAUUUUAUUUGCAUUAGCAAUGCACUUAUGCUUUGCUAUUAAAAUUGGGUUAGCUAGGAAAUUGUAGGGUUGUUCCUCUUGGAUUAAAUGUCUAUAGCCAUAUCUGGCACCUUGAUACUUUUGGUUAUGUGAAUUAUGAACAUUGAGAAUAAACAAAAUUGUAAUAUGUCAUCAAAAGGACAACCUGUCAGGCUUUCUGUGAUGUGCUAUUGUUAUCAUUGCAAAAACUUGAAAUAUCUGUUUUCAAUUUCCUGUCCAGAUGCUGUCAUUAUUUUGCAUUACUAUCAAAUAGUGAAGUUGCUUGUCAUUUGUAAUGACUUCCGUAUUUAAUCAUUACUAUUACAGUAAGACAAAACUAUUCUCAUGAUCACAAUUCACCUCAUUCCUCCCUAUUAUCCAGAAAUACUGCCACAUUAAUGUAUUGCUAUUUUAUUUUAUUUGUGUGUAAAACAUAUAUCAAUAAAGUGUGAAAAGCAUAGAAAUAGUGAGGCCUGGGUACACAUUGUGUACAUUUUAUGUUACAUAAAAUAGGAGUAUUACAUUAGAGCUGAAAUACUCAAUUUUUAAAACUGCUGUAGGUUUCAAGAAUAGAGAACAAAAGUAUGACUUGCUGGAAUUUAAGAAAUCAUAUUGAUGUAAUCUGGUAUGUUGCUCGAGAGCCUCAUCAAUAUUUAUUGCACCAGAAAAGAAUGCAAAUAAGUAACUGUUGGUACAUUCCCUUAUCUUUUUUAAACUCUUUUAUAUACAUAUAAUCAUUUAAGUGAAUUUGCUGGAACCCUUGCUCUCUCAUCCUAUUUAGCAACUGUGAUCACUGUGCCAUAGUCCCCCCCAUUAUUUAUGUCACAUGGUAACUUUGUUUUAUCUGAUAAUAUCUGUAAAUGUGUUAAUUUUGUAGAUCAACAUUUUCAUUGGCUUUAAGUGUUAGCAGACCAUUAUUCUCCAGGGUAACUUUCAUAAGGUAAUAAUCAAAUGCCUCUAAUGAACAUAAUUCUUAUACUGUGUGAUGUCAAGAAGAUGUUUUACUUUAAAUAAUAAUUUAAAUAAUAAAGUAGUAUCGUUGAGCAAACUGUUGACUUUUGCUCAUCUGCAAGCUACAAGAAUAGUAUGUUUUGGAAAAUCACAUUCAUAAGAUGUGACACCAGAAACUGUUUUCUGGUGUCUUCUGAAACAACCUGUGAUAUAUUCGGGUCAUAUCACGGAAAAUACUGUAGCAAGCAGUGGAAAAGUCAAUGAAUGAAAUAUCCUUGAUGAAAUUUGUGCAUUGCUAGCAUGCUGUGUAAACUUGAAUAAUUACUUUUUCCCAAACCAAAUUUGCUGUUAUCUUAUCAGUAGAUAACUCAGCCAAUUCCUGUUGACUGUCAUUUUAAAUGUUGACCCAACAGAGACUGCCUGACACACAUUUUCUCCUUAUUCUCUCAUAUUAUAUUAUUACAAGUUUUGGAAAAAUUUACAUAUAUUGAAUCAUUAAAGAUUGUCUGUAGCUUGAGGACUAGUUCAGCAGUAUGAACUGUGAUAAAAGUAUAAUUCCUGUUUGAAAAUAUGCAAAAAUGUUGGAUAAUGUUGUAACCAAUGUAUAUACUUUUCAGUUAUGAACUGCAUUUAUUGAUAGUUUAUGUAAUUUAAUUACAAUUGAAAAAUGCACUAUUUUUUUAUUGACACACUUCCAUGGAGAGAUGAUGUUGGUACCAUAUAUAUGCAGUGAAUUUGCAUAUUUUGCAUCAUGAUUUUAAAAAUUGCAUUGAGCAUGGCACUGAUUUGUGCAUCAGAGUGUAAUCUGAAUAUUUUUUAUAUGGAGAUACCUUGUACUGUUAUAAAAAUUUAGCUACUUGCUUUUAAUAUUGACCUUGUAAGGUGCUAAUUAAUUUAUUGACUUUCACUGUAUUCAAAAUGCAUUGUUUUAAGCACAGAUUGAGUUGUGCCUGUUUGAGCACACAAAAAAAUUCAUGUAUAACAUUGAAUAAAAGACACCAUUCUAAAGUUAA